GGCGCGAAAAUUGGCAAAACACGCAGCUGCAGCUAAAUAAAUAGCAUCAGUGAUCGAAACAAUCCAAACGAAUUUAGCGCGUUUACAUUUUGUGUACAGAAAUCAAGCGAAAUGGAUGUAGCGGAUGCUCAGAUCGGACAGCUGCGUGUUAAAGAUGAAGUGGGAAUACGCACCCAGAAGCUAUUUCAAGAUUUUCUGGAGGAAUUCAAAGAGGAUGGCGAAAUCAAAUAUACGCGUCCAGCUGCCAAUCUCGAGUCACCCGAUCGUUGUACCCUCGAAGUGAGCUUCGAGGAUGUGGAGAAAUACGAUCAGAAUCUGGCGACGGCGAUCAUCGAGGAGUAUUAUCAUGUCUACCCGUUUCUGUGCCAAUCCGUGUCCAACUAUGUGAAGGAUCGCAUUGGGUUAAAGACCAACAAGGAUUGCUAUGUGGCGUUCACGGAGGUGCCGACGCGUCACAAGGUCCGUGAUCUGACCACCUCCAAGAUCGGCACACUUAUACGCAUCUCUGGCCAAGUGGUGCGCACACAUCCAGUUCAUCCGGAGCUCGUGUCCGGCACAUUCAUGUGCCUUGACUGCCAGACGGAGAUACGCAAUGUGGAGCAGCAGUUCAAGUUCACCAAUCCCACAAUUUGCCGUAAUCCCGUCUGCUCCAAUCGUCGCCGUUUCAUGCUUGAUGUGGAGAAGUCACUCUUCCUGGAUUUCCAAAAGAUACGCAUACAGGAGACACAGGCGGAGCUGCCACGCGGCUGCAUUCCCCGCGCCGUGGAGAUCAUUCUUCGCUCGGAGCUGGUGGAGACCGUGCAGGCUGGCGAUCGCUAUGACUUCACCGGCACCCUCAUUGUGGUUCCCGAUGUGAGUGUGCUGAGCACGCCCGGCACCAAGGCUGAGAUGGGUUCCCGCCACAAGCCUGGCGAGGGCUCUGAGGGCGUCACUGGCCUGAAGGCGCUCGGUGUCCGUGAGCUCAACUAUCGCAUGGCAUUCCUCGCCUGCAGUGUCCAGGCGACAACAGCUCGCUUCGGCGGCACCGAUCUGCCCAUGUCCGAGGUGACCGCCGAGGAUAUGAAGAAACAGAUGACGGACGCCGAGUGGCAAAAGAUCUAUGAAAUGUCCAAGGAUCGUAAUCUGUAUCAGAAUCUAAUCAGCAGCCUCUUCCCCUCCAUCUAUGGCAAUGAUGAGGUAAAGCGUGGCAUUCUCCUGCAACUCUUUGGAGGCGUUGCGAAGACCACAAUCGAGAAGACAUCUCUGCGUGGCGAUGUCAAUGUCUGCAUUGUGGGUGAUCCCAGCACGGCCAAGUCGCAGUUCCUCAAACAGGUCUCUGACUUCUCGCCACGUGCCAUCUACACAUCCGGCAAGGCAUCCUCUGCGGCGGGUCUCACUGCCGCCGUAGUGCGGGACGAGGAGAGCUUUGAUUUUGUCAUCGAGGCUGGAGCUCUGAUGUUGGCCGACAAUGGUAUCUGUUGCAUCGAUGAGUUUGACAAGAUGGAUCUGCGGGAUCAGGUGGCAAUACACGAGGCCAUGGAACAGCAGACCAUUUCCAUAGCUCGCGCCGGCGUCCGAGCCACACUGAAUGCCCGCACCUCCAUUCUGGCUGCUGCCAAUCCCAUCAACGGACGCUACGAUCGUUCCAAGAGUUUGCAACAGAAUAUCCAGCUGUCAGCUCCGAUUAUGUCUCGCUUCGAUCUGUUCUUCAUACUGGUGGAUGAGUGCAACGAGGUGGUGGACUAUGCCAUUGCCCGCAAGAUUGUCGAUCUGCACUCCAACAUUGAGGAGUCUGUGCAGCGUGCCUAUAGCCGGGAGGAGGUGCUACGCUAUGUGACCUUUGCCCGCCAGUUCAAGCCCAUUAUUGGCACCGAGGCGGGCAAGAUGCUCGUGGAGAACUACGGACAUUUGAGGCAACGGGACACGGGCUCCUCGGGACGCAGCACUUGGCGAAUUACGGUGCGCCAGCUGGAGUCCAUGAUACGCCUCAGCGAGGCCAUGGCCAAGUUGGAGUGCUCCAACCGUGUGCUCGAGCGUCACGUGAAGGAGGCCUUCCGUCUGCUCAACAAGUCCAUCAUACGCGUCGAGCAACCCGAUAUCCAUCUGGACGAUGACGAUCAUUUGGAUGCGGACGAUGGCAUCGAGCAUGAUAUCGAUAUGGAGAACAAUGGUGCGGCGGCCAACAUGGAUGCCGAUCCGGAUGUCGAUGGCACUGGCAAUGCCUCCAUGGACACCUCAGGCAGCGCUCUGCAGAAAAAGAAGUUCACACUGUCCUUUGAGGACUACAAGAACCUAUCGACAAUGCUGGUGCUGCACAUGCGGGCGGAGGAGUCACGCUGCGAGGUCGAGGGUAGCGAUACGGGCAUGAAGCGCAGCGAUGUUGUCACCUGGUAUUUGGAGCAGGUUGCCGAACAAAUCGAAUCCGAAGAUGAGCUCAUAUCCCGCAAGAACCUCAUCGAGAAGCUCAUCGAUCGUUUGAUCUACCACGAUCAAGUUAUCAUACCGCUCAAGACCUCCAAUCUCCGACCGAUCGCCAAGAGUCCUCGGGGCGCAGCUGGCGACGAUGAAUUGGAAAAUGAUCCCCUACUCGUCGUGCAUCCCAACUACAUUGUGGAGUAAACAUUUUCCCUUCCAUGCGCCAUCAAUUCCCCAUCUCAUUUUGUAUCUAGUUAAGUUUUUGUAUGUUUCACACUUUUUUUCCACUUCAUUGUUCUAGGAUUUAAGAUCAUUUAGCAUUGGUUUAAGUUUAAUCUAAGAAUUUCUUGUAUUGAUUUGUAACCUGCAUUAAUAUUUAAUACUUUUUGGAUUGUAUCUUGGAAUAAAUACGUAAUUUCCA